GUGCCAAAGUUGAAAGAUAAGUCAGCUGCUGCAUGUCGACAACGUGUUCACUGUUUCACUGAAAGGUCGCAAACUAAUUAAUGUAAUAAGAUGAACUGACGGUGGUUUUUAAAUCAGAUGCCCCGACACUGCUCAGCUGGUGGCUGCAAAUCUCGGGACAACCGUGAGAGUCGUAAUGCAGGAAUCACCUUCCACAAAUUGCCUAAAGGACCAACGAGGAGGAACCUUUGGAUCACAAACUCCCGUCGUGCAGACUCCUGGGACCCUCAGAGUGACUUUGUCUACUUUUGUUCCCAACAUUUCACCCAGGAGAGCUUUGAGCUGACCGGAUACAGUGGGAUCAGGAGACUGAGAGAAGACGCUUUACCUACAGUGUUUGAUUCUUCGACAACGACCAAAUCCAAGAGAGCGGGGAGGCUGCAGAAACGAGAAGACCCUCCUGUCAGGAAGAGUCCACACCUAGCAUACCAGGAGAAUGAUGAGAGCCUCCCUUCAGAUGAACCCACAGGUGAGAGCUCAGCGGCAGCACCUGGAGAGACUCCUGAAGACACACCUGCACCUCCUCCGGAGUCUUCAGAGGUGGAGCCGCUCCCACAGGACGAACACAGCCCUCCUCCACCAGAACCGGAGCCUCGGCCCGUCUCCCCGUCACGCUACAUGAGACGCCUGCCCCCUCCUCCGGGCUUCUACCUGUCCAAGGAGCACAGCUACGCUCAGCUCUGCCCCCUGCUGUGGAGGAGGCGCUACGACCAGGCCAUCGACUGUCUGGAGAAGACUCUGCGACAGCUGCACGCGGCCCGGCGGAGGGAGAGCCGCCUGAGGAGCACCAUGCUCAGGCUGAGAGAUAAACGGCUGAAACAGGCCCUGCUGGUGUCCAGGGACGUUUGUAAAGACCGCAGGGGUCCAGGGGAGGAGAGGAGACGAGGAAGAGGAGGAGGUAACCUGGAGGAAACUGAGAACGAUGCUAAAGGUGAGGAUACCGGUGUGUUUGAGGACAGAGGAGUGGAUCAGAUGGAGUUUGGAGGUCGUUUUCUUCAGGACACAAACAGCUGGUGUGAGGAGGAGGAGAGGGGGCAGUGUUUUUACUGUGGACGAGGACAGGGACAGGACGCAGGAUGUGUCUCACAGAGCAGAGAAGAGGGGCAGCCCACAGAGCAUGAGGACUCGCACAGAAAUGACGAAACGGAUCUUCAUUGCACAGCUGAAAAGGUUAAAAACCCCCAAAUAGACAUGUUGGUGAAUUCCCCGGGGAGGAGUUUAGAAAGCAAUUCUUCAGACACAGACUCCACAAUCCUGCUGCAAACUCAAACUCUGCAACAUGUGUCUGACGUCCAUGAGCAGUUUUUAGGCCCUCAGCAGAAGUUUCUGCUCUCUGACGGGGACACUGUGGCUCAGCAGCUCUUUUGGAUCCAGGACUGUGCUGAGGGUUCGGUGGUUCUGGUUCCCGUCCCGGCUGAGGACGGAGCACAGCGUGUUCUAAAGAAAGCAGGGGGCUCUGACAUUUCACAAACUGUUCUCGUGUCAGAGGUGGACCUUAAGGGAGACUUUGGGAACCUGACGGAGAGCGGCGCGGGUGUGCGCGCUGACGGAGAGCUCAGUGAGCAGUCCGUCAUUAACCUGAAGGAGGAUGUGAGGGAGAAACUGAAAGAACACCUGGAGGGGUUUCACCUGCAGCUCAGCACAGAGUUUCUAACAUGAACACAACAGAGACAUCUUUAUUCUGCAGACUCAAUAAUAACAGCAGCUCAUUUAAUUAAAGAACAGUUUAUUUGUCUGUCUUUUAUGUGUUUGUGGACCUUAAAGGCAGGGUUGGUCAUUUUCAAAAACAUUCCCUCUGUGCUUCCUCAAAAGCCACGCCCCUCACUUACGUGCACUUUGAGUGUCUGCUUGUGCACGCAUUGGUUGAAGUUUUUACAGGCUUACAAACUGCUACAGAUGAUGGAUUUUCUUCGUUUCCCGUUUCAGAGAACAUGAGUUAUUAUCGUCUGUCAGGACCUGAAGACCAUUUCAACCAAAAUCUUAAAAAGUGUAUCUGGAGAAAAUGACCAACCCUGCUUUUAGUAUAGCAGGAUGUAAGAAUAAACUCUGCAGUGGGCAGAUAUGACCCAGCUGUUGGAGAGCUUCAGCUUUUUUUAUGAAGGUUUAAAGGAACAUGAAGUCACUUAGAAAAGGUGUUGAUGAAAGAACGAUUAAUGGAGGGCAAACAGAGAAAUGUGAAAAAGGUUUUGAGUGUAUCAGAGCCAUGAAGCUCAAUCUUUGUCCACUGACUUUAACACCACCACCAUGUUAAUCAGCCUCGCACUGUUUUACACAAAUUACUCAAUAAAAUAUUUAAUUUGCUACAAAUCAGAAAGUGAAGAUGUUGAGAUUAUUUUUUUA